AUGGACCAAUUAGUUUGUCUUAUUGUUGGUGAUACACCUAGUACUCUGUUGUUGUCUUGGAGACUUAGUGUGUCAAAUUGUUUUACUAUAUUCGUUUCAGGUUCCUUACCUGGCGAUGGAAUAAUAUCGUGGAAAUCCACUAAAUCAAGCUCUGGCUCCUAUAAGCCGAAUGUUACCGUUAAUGAUUUUGUAGCUCUUUCCAAGGUUUACAAGACCGGCAAAAUUGAUAUCAUUAUUAUAUCCAGUCAAUCGAUAUCCCAAUUCAACAAUCAAUUGAGAUCUUUGGAAAGAUUUAUUCACGAUGACAUAACCAUAAUAAUAGACAGUAAUUUCGCAGUGGAGCUCGAGAUUUUGAGUUUGGCUAAGUACCCAAAUGCUACUACAAUAUCCGUUGUUACGGAUGCUGAGGUGAAGCGACUUUCUGUUGGAUCGUAUUUAUUGAUGAGUGAAUCAACUUCGUUUAAAUUCGGGAUUUCUUAUGACUGCGACACUAAAGAAAAAGUUCUUAAAGAGAACGUAAACAGGUACAAUAAUUAUUCACAAGAUUAUGGAAGUAACUUCAAGGUCUUGCUUGAGGUUUUGCGGAGAGGAGACAAUAUGAGUUCUGUCGAUGUUAUUUUGGCAGAAAAUAACGUGUUUGGACUUUUGGUAUGGGAGUGGUUGAUACCUAAAAUUUCGCUGAAUAUUUUAGCAAUAGUAUUUGAACACGAUUCAUAUGAUGACCUAUUGGAAAAUGAUUCGAAUGCAAAAGUAUUCAGACAGUUAGUUCAAGAGUUGAUGGAUAUAUAUUUUAAGCAAACUAAUGGGGGGAUAAUCAGAUCUUACAUUUCAAAUGACCAAAAAAAACCAGAGUAUAAUGCUGUAGUACAGCGGUUAAAAAAUAGACAAAGGAGUUUAGAAAGGUCAGUUGGAAAUAAAUAUCCGCAUUGCUUGACAAUAAAUUAUGAAGCAUACUGUUUUUAUAAUGAAAUUGCGUAUCCAUCUUCAUUAUUGUUCGAACAGUGCAUUAAUCUAGCAGACAAAUAUGAUUGUGGUAGCAGUAACUUGACCUUUUUAUCAAGUCUUUAUUGCAGGCAACCGAACCAUGGUGGCACACCACUGAAAAAUGAACACCCAUUAGGGUCCAAAAAAACAAGCUUUCUGCGUGGAAAGAAGACAAUAGUUAAUUUCGAACAGAGGAGUUUAUCCACAGACUAUUCUCAAAUUACUAAAGGAAGACCAAAAAAGGUGAAAGUAAAAGGAAAACAAAAAUCUUCCAAAAGUACUUUGAAAGUGACAUCAAAAUAUGAUCUUAAAUCGCCAGACUUGCAAUUGCCACAGGAUAUACAAGAAAUGUAUCUCGGAUGUGACUCCAUAAAUUUCUCAUUGCCUUUGACUCCGAAAAUGAUAGAUAUUCAAUUCGAUACCACAUCUGAUGAUCUUCAAGAAAGUUCGGCUUCAGACGUGGACUCGGAUGAAUCAAUUUCAGUUCAUCCCCGCAGAGAAAGGAUGUUAUCUCAAAGGAGUUUAAUAAGGGUAUCGGCAAACUCAAAUAUGCAUGAAGACGACAAUAUUGACCCUAGCUUAAAAUUGCCUUUAUUUAAAGGUUUCAAAGGUGCUGUACAGAGACCCAUGACAACCGGUAGAUUGGAAAUGACAGAUUUGGAAUGGCAGCUUCGUAAUGGUUAUGCAGACUUACCGAAGCAAAUGCUACGAGCCACAAAGGAUGAACUCAAAAAUAAUGGUGCGAUAAGACAUCAAUCGCUAGCUGGACAAUACUGGAAGCUGAUCAAGCAGCAACACAUAAAUAAUGGGCAACUAGCUCGACCUAUUACCAGCCAGGAAGACAUUCUUAGGUUUCAUUGCGAAACAUUAACAAAAUCACAAGUACAUCUUUCCACUACUACUAAUCGAUAUGGAGAUUUGGAUUUUAGUGACAACAUAUUUGAGCAUUGGAAACAACGGAAAGGUAGUCUGUAUAGAUUACUAUCUGACAGGUGA